CGGGGCCUCGCCUUCCCCGUCGCCCACCGCCCCCCGGCACUCCUCCCCCGCCCCGAGGAGGGCAGCCCGCUCGCCGCGCCGUGCCGUGCCAGAGCCGCCCGCCCCAUGCACCCUCCCGGCGCCCCGCUCGCCAUGGCCGAGGGCGCUUUCUCGCUGUCGGCUCCGGCGGCGCGCAGCCCCGGGGGGAACCCGUCGAGGCUGCACAGCAUCGAGGCCAUCCUGGGGUUCACCAAGGAUGACGGCCUCCUGGGCCCCUUCCAGCCCGACGGCGGCGCCGGCAGCGCCAAAGAGGCGGCGGACAAGCGGGGCCCGCGGCACUGCCUCACCAAGGGACCCGCGGAGCCGGCCGAGCACCAGGGCCGCUUCCAAGAGCCGUACUGCCCGAGCAGCGCCAGCCCCGAGCUGCCCGCAGGAGACGGCGGCGACGGGAAACCGUCGGACGAGGAGCAGCCCAAGAAGAAGCACCGUCGGAACCGCACCACCUUCACCACCUACCAGCUCCACGAGCUGGAGCGCGCCUUCGAGAAGUCGCACUACCCCGACGUGUACAGCCGCGAGGAGCUGGCCAUGAAGGUCAACCUGCCCGAGGUCCGCGUGCAGGUGUGGUUUCAGAACCGUCGGGCCAAGUGGCGGCGGCAGGAGAAGCUGGAGGUGAGCUCCAUGAAGCUGCAGGACUCGCCCAUCCUCUCCUUCAGCCGCUCCCCGCAGGCGGCCCCGGUGGGGGCUCUGGGCAGCAGCCUGCCGCUGGAGACCUGGCUCGGUCCGCCCGUGCCCGGCGGUGCAGCCCUGCAGAGCCUGCCCGGCUUCGCGGCCCCUCCUCAGGGGCUGCCCACCAGCUACACACCGCCGCCCUUCCUGAACUCUCCGGCCGUGACCCACGCGCUGCAGCCCCUGGGAGCCAUGGGACCCCCGCCGCCCUACCAGUGCGGGGCCGCCUUUGUGGACAAGUUCCCCCUGGACGAAGGGGAUCCACGCAACACCAGCAUUGCCGCCUUGCGCAUGAAAGCCAAGGAGCACAUCCAGUCCAUCGGCAAACCCUGGCAGACCAUCUGAACCCUCACCCCCCCCCUCCUUCCCUCCUUCCCUGCGCUGGGAUGCGGCCGCUGAGGGUCCCGGGUCCGGGAGGCAGUGGGACGCCCCCGACCCGCUCUGCCGCCGUCAUCACCCCGCGUCCCGACUUUGUAUUUCGUGUUCCUCUGACCCCCUGUGCCGGGUGCCCUGCGGAGCUGGGGCCGGGCUGUAGCUUAGGAAAAGCUCUCCCACCCUCCCUCGUUGGCUGGAUGUUUUAGUUGCAAUAAAAGCUGCAGUA